ACUGUCGUUUCGUCUUUGUCUCUUUACUGCCGAUGCACCUUGGCAACCUCAGCCCACUCUGCAUCUCUCUCACGCCGCCGCUGCAGUUUUCUCUCAACAUCGCCGAGAAACGAGGGGGUUGCCGUGGCCGAGGAGAUCGCAUCAUUUCUCCCUCUUUCCCCUUCGGUGCUACCAACGGCUGUCAAUGGCUGCCUUCUCUUUCUCAAUAGCUCACCCCUUCAAAACCCUCUCUAAUUCCUCUGUAAAUAUCAAUCAGUCUCUUCCCAUCACUUCACUUCGAAUCGAGACAUUUCUAUCUCAAACUUUGGCAGUAACAACUGCAAUUCCAUCAAAAGUAGCUCGGAAUUGAAUAUUGUAGAACGCUUCAUUAGUGAAGAAGCGUUCCUUGAUUGAUCUUCUGCGUGCAUAAGGGGCGAAUUAAUCUCUAUAAAAUGGUGUAGAUUUGUUCUCAUUGCGGGUUCUUUUCGGUUCAAUUUAUGGAAUUGGAUUUCUGUAUGCAUUCUUUUAUGGGUUUCUGGGUUUUUGCAAGCUGGUUUUGCGGAUUGGGAUUCGUUGUUGCUUUGGUGUUGGUUUCUAUACAACUCUCUGGAUUCGAUCAAAUCCGUCAACUGGAAGGUCACAUCAUUCAGUUGAUUGAAUGAAGUAUAUUUGCAUGCAUGGAGAUAGCCAGUGAAGAGGUGACUGCAAAUGAUGUGGCAAGGGGUGAACAUCUCAAAAGGAAGCACAACAAUCAAACCUUGAAACCAGACGGAGAAGGCUGCAAUAUGUUGGAAUCUUCGACUAUGUUUAUACCUCCUGGUUGUGAUUGGCUCAGGCCCCCUAGUGUAUAAAGAUACCUAGAGGGUCAGAGUGAACGAUAUGUAAGCUCUGUAGCUGGAUCUGAAUCUGCUACUUCUAGCCCUUGUUUGAUGAAUGAUCCUGGGGUCAUGGUUGAAGACUUGGCGGAAGCAGAGGUCAAGUUGCAAUGGAGGGCCAAGGGUGUGGGAAGGGGAUUGAAGAGGCAGUGGGGGGGGGGGGACGGAGCAGUGUGUGGGGAGCUGUGCGAAGAGCAGCGGGAAAGGGUUGGGCAGGAGUGAGAGAGAGGGGCAGUGCAGCGGUGGUGGAGAGAAUGCGUUUACAAUAAUUAAUGGAUUAAAUGGCUAAGAUUAAAGAAAAGAGGGAUCUGACUGUCAAUAAUAUACUAGUGUAUAAUAUUCCAUUAUAAAACACUGGAGUGUACAUUUUCUAUUCCUUUUCACCUUCCUAUGAACUCUUUUCAGCUAAUCAAUUAUUUGUAGAAAAGCCUCUGAUAGUCUUUUACCACUGAGUUUUCCUUUCCUGCAGUUUACAUUGAAUAUUGUACUUUAAAAUUACCAGUUAUUGGCAAGUUGUGAAAUUGUGCAAUUUGUUCUUCCAAUGUCUUGGAGUUGUAUUAAUUUCAAUAAAUCUGCCUGCCCUGCAUUAAAUUCUUUUGCACUUUAAAUUGUCAGCAUACAUAUAUUUUAAUUUGCUUUUAGUUUGUACUCAAUAUGCUUUUGUCCAAUAAAAAUUUCAGGAUUCAUAAUUGGGAAUGAAAAUGUGGUUUUUGGGCUUCUCAACUCAUCACAAGCGAGAUUUGAUGAAAUACUCUGUCUAUAAGUUGUGGAGCGUGAAUCUUCUUUGUGUUAGUUCAUCGUUCAUGGUCAACAUGGGGAAACAUUGCAAACAAUUUGAACCUUUUGCAGCAUACUGUACUACUGAGGCAGUUAGCAACAAUGAUGAUAAGGGGAUUAGCCAAAUGCCAUUGUCAAAGAGCUUAGCCUGUUUAAUUGAUGAAUCUUCUACUACUACCAAGACAAGGCAGAUGACCCGAAUGGAAUUGAAGAGGCUAAUUGAAAUGCGCAUCAAGAAAAGAGUGAAGGAGCAAUACAUGAAUGGAAAGUUUCGGGGCCUAAUGAGAAAGGUUAUUGCCAAUCCAAUGACUCUUUGUGAUGCUUACCAAUGUAUUAAGCUCAAUUCCAAUGUCGAUUUAGAAUCAGAUGACAAUGAUAUGCCUUUUGGAUCCAUGGCAGAUGAGCUCUUGAAUGGGAGUUAUGAUGUCAAUGCCAAUACCUUCUCUAUCUCAACAAAGGGGGAAAGGAAAGAGGUCUUGGUCCUUCCUAAUUUAAAGUUGAAGGUCAUCCAGCAAGCAAUCAGUAUAGCUGUAGAUGUUGUUUAUAGACCUCACUUUUCCAAAAUUUCUCAUGGCUGCCGGAGUGGAAGAGGUCAUCUUUCAGCUUUGAGGUACAUCUGCAAAGAGAUCCGUAAUCCAAAUUGGUGGUUCACGUUACGUGUGAGGAAAAAGGUUGAUGACAAUGUUCUUACUAAACUCAUCUCAACCAUGGAAAAGAAGAUUGAAGACCCUGAUUUGUUUUCUAUCAUCCGUAGCAUGUUUGAUGCUGGAGUACUGAACUUGGAAUUUGGGGACUUCUUGAAAGGCCAUGGUCUUCCACAGGAGGGAGUGUUAUCCCCUAUUUUAAUUAAUGUAUAUCUUGACCUAUUUGAUAGAGAAUUUUACAAAAUGUGUAUGAGGUAUGAAGCUCUUGACUCAGAUGUUAAUGCCUGUCAAGAUGGUUCCAGCUCCAAGCUGCGCAGUUGGUUCCGAAGGCAGCUAAAAGACAACAACAAGAACAAUGACAACAGACACCCUGGUGAUAUGAAUUCUGGUUUAAGAUUACAUGCUUGUCGAGUCAUGGAUGAGAUAUUUUUUGCUGUUUCGGGCCCCAAGGAUGUUGCUCUUAAGUUUAAGGCUGAGGUGCAGAACUAUUUUCAGCACACUUUACAUUUAGAUGUGCAUGAUCAGAUGGAAAUCUUUUCCACCAGUGAUCCACGUGGGAUCCGGUUUCUUGGCAUUGCAGUGAGAACAAGUGAGAGAGAGAGUCCCACUGUUACAGCUGUUCAUAAAUUGAAGGAGAAGGUUCAGUUAUUUGCUUUGCAGAAACAAGAAGCCUGGGAUGCUGGGAUGGUUAGGAUCGGGAAGAAGUGGCUUGCUCAUGGUUUGAAGAAGGUUAAAGAGUCGGAGAUUAAGCAUUUAGCCAAUAGCAGUUCUGUCUUGUGCCAAAUUUCAUGUUUCCGUAAAGCAGGGAUGGAGACAGAUCAUUGGUUUAAGGUCUUAUUGAAGGUAUGGAUGCAAGAUGUGAAUGCCAAAGCUGAAGACAAUGAGGAGAUUGUCUUAUCCAAGUAUAUUGCAGAACCUUCCUUUCCAAAAGAACUAAGAGAUUCCUUCCACAAUUUUCAGAAGUGUGCAGAAGAAUAUAUUUCAUCUGAGACUGCUUCAACUCUUGCAUUGCUACCCAAUUUCAACUCAACCACCCAAUCUACUAUCAUCACAGAAAUUCUGGCCCCUGUUAAUGUUAUCAAGAAGCGUCUCUUGCGGUAUGGUUUGAUCAACAAUGAGGGACACGCCCAUCCUGUUUCUGCACUAAUCUUGCAAGACAACAUCCAAAUCAUAGAUUGGUUUUCAGGUCUCAUCUGCCGGUGGCUUAGGUGGUACUGUAAAUGUGACAACUUCAGUGAAGUCAAGCUCAUGAUUGUUAAUCACGUAAGGAGGUCUUGCAUCCGGACACUGGCAGCAAAGCAUAGGUUGCAUGAAAUUGAGAUUGAGAAAGUGUUCGGGUCAGAGCUUAGUUUGCUCCCAUCUAACGAAGAGAUGGAGAUAGAGAUGACACAUGAGAUAUCAGGUUUUCAGGUUUUUGAUGCUGAUGAGGCAUUGAUGUAUGGCAUUUUCUCUAGUGGCUUAUGUUUACUAUCUCUAGCAAGAAUGGUGAGCCAGUCACGGCCUUGCAACUGUUUUGUAAUAGGGUGCAUGGCUGCAGCACCAUGUGUUUACACUCUUCAUGUGAUGGAAAAACAAAAAUUUCCAGGUUGGAGGACAGGAUUCUCUACAGCAAUCCAUCCCAGCUUGAACAAAAGGCGAGUUGGGCUUUGUAAGAAACAUGUAAAAGAUUUGUAUUUAGGUCAUAUAUCACUUCAAUCCAUUGAUUUUGGUGCUUGGAGAUGAUGAUUUUCCAUAAUUGUUUUGCUAAGGAUGCCAGUUUGCCUCAAUAAUCUACCAUCAGAUCAAAGCAUUGGAUGUUCAUUUAUGCAUCACAAGUCGUUUGUUGUGCAUAAACCAAUAUUGAAGUGCUUUUUAUCAGACUUCUGAAUA